UCUUUAUCAAAAAAUUUCAUUCUUAUCCCCCCCCCCUUGAUUCUCUCCAUCAAAAUUUUGCUUGCUUGUUUGGUCAUCCUCUAUCUUGGAAGUUUGAGUCUUUGAGGAGGGCUAUGGGGUCGAUCGAGCAGACGAUUCUGGUGACCGGCGGCGCGGGGUUCAUCGGCAGCCACACGGCGGUGCAGCUACUCAACGAGGGCUUCAGGGUUGUCAUCUUUGAUAAUCUUGAUAACUCCUCUGUUGAAGCUGUUCAUAGGGUCAGGGACUUGGUCGGGCCCAAGCUCUCUCAGAAGCUUCAAUUUCACUUGGGUGAUCUCAGAAAUAAGGAGGAGUUGGACAAGCUGUUUUCUCAAACUAAGUUUGAUGCUGUGAUCCAUUUUGCUGGGCUGAAAGCUGUAGGGGAGAGUGUUGCGCACCCGCGCCGCUAUUUUGAUAACAAUUUGAUUGGAACUCUGAAUCUUUAUAAUAUCAUGGCAAAAUACAAUUGCAAAAAGAUGGUUUUCUCUUCAUCUGCAACUGUUUAUGGCCAACCUGAAAAAAUUCCUUGUGUUGAGGAUUUUGACCUUGUAGCUCUGAAUCCAUAUGGCCGUACCAAGCUUUUCCUCGAAGAAAUUGCUCGAGAUAUUCACAGGGCAGAACCAGAUUGGGGAAUUAUUCUUCUGAGGUAUUUCAACCCCGUUGGGGCUCAUGAGAGUGGUAAAAUUGGUGAAGAUCCUAAAGGCAUACCAAACAAUCUUAUGCCUUACAUACAGCAAGUAGCUGUUGGAAGAUUGCCUGAGCUUAAUGUUUAUGGUCAUGACUAUCCCACCAGGGAUGGUACUGCGAUCCGAGACUACAUCCAUGUGAUGGACUUAGCAGAUGGCCAUAUUGCUGCUCUUCAGAAGCUUUUUACUACAGAGAAUACAGGUUGUAUUGCCUACAACCUGGGAACUGGACAAGGUACAUCCGUGCUCGAAAUGGUUGCUGCCUUUGAAAAGGCUUCUGGCAAGAAAAUCCCUAUCAAACUAUGUCCGCGGAGGCCAGGAGAUGCUACUGCUGUUUAUGCUUCAACUGAGAAAGCUAGAAGGGAACUUGGAUGGAAGGCAAAAUACGGAGUGGAGGAGAUGUGCAGGGACCAAUGGAAUUGGGCAGUAAACAAUCCAUGGGGUUACGGUUGCCAAUCCAAGCCUUGAGGAAUAGCAUGUGUAUAUAUGCGCAGCACACAGUAGGACAGACCUGCUAUAUUGCCUGGAUGAAUAAAGCAUAUUAGUUGUCCUGCUACAUUUGUUGAAGAACAUGGAACUUCUUUUUACUUUAUGAGAAUAAACUCCUUUGCAAAUAUAGAAAAGAAGAUUAAAUUGCUUUUCUUUGGA